GACACAUGUUGUAGCUAAACAUGUCAAAAAUAUUAUAAUUUGUACGCAUCCCGCACGUGUGUACGCGAACCUAACCCUUAAUCGCUUAACAUAAGUUGAAAUUAACUUCUGCUUCCCGACUCCGCUCCGUCAAGCGUCAGUUGACCGUCCGACUCGGCGCGCGUCUCACGCAUCUAACCUCUAUAGUCGUAUAACGGUCCUAAAACGCAACGAUCAAUUAAAAACAACACCUUUACAAUGCAACUACGCCAAAGCACGUGCUCACCCGUCCAAUCAUAGGAACACGAGGGCUACCGCCGCGUCUCGGCCAGCCAAUCGCGGCUCGUUUACGAUUUCACCACGGAAACCGCCGAUCGCACCCGACAGGAGCCGAAGCGGACAUCGACAACCCCCAGUGCAGCUGCAACCCCCAACAUGGCUGCCGCCGUUGCCCACAAGCCGGCGAUAACAAAAAAACCUUCAAUAAAAAAAUAUAAAGCCCCCACGCCGCCUGUGGAGGAAAAUUGUGACAGUGAUAAAGACAAAGAAAAUAAUGUGGUGGUUACUGAAGAAAAUCAUAAUAAUGAAACUAAUUGUGUACAAACAAAAGAUUCUCCCAUUAUCAAACGCUUCGCGCCAAAAACGAAUAACGAUAGAAGUUCAGUUCUAUCCAGGGCAGCUAUGUUCGAAGCUGGGAGCCCAAAGGCUAAGGACCCAGCAGAGAUGUCCCUUAGGGAGCGUAAAGCCCUAUUUGAGAAGAAUAAAGGGGCCGCUAUCGUGCCUAAAGCACCGUUCGGCCAGGCACCCUCCGCUAAAACCCUCAUGGGCGAUAAAGACAAAAAACCAGCAGUACCAACCACACCAACAAAAACUAGACGAAACUCUCAUCAGGACGAAGACAGUAUUAGUGUGACCUCCGUCGGCGGGAUCAAAGGCAAACUGGCCGCUCUGUUCAACAAGGAGCAGACGAUAAGCGAGACGACCAUAGCCAAUAAGUUCAAGCAGGAAAGGGAGAGGGAGAUGGAGAUGUUGCAGAAUAGAUUUCAUUAUAAGCCAAAACCAAAGCCAGAACAGCUCAACGACUCAGACGAAGAUCAAAACGACAAUGACCCCUCAGAAAAAGCACCUCUCAUGGGCAGCACCACCAGCCUGACGCCUAAGAAACCUGAAGUCAUCGCUAACAUACCUAAAGUGACGUUUGAUGAGGCCAGGAAAGCGGAGGAGAGACGGGAAAAGAUUGAGGAGAAGAUUGCUGGCGCGCAGCCGGUUAAGAGACGAAGUUCCCAAGACUCGCCCGUAGUCCUAUCCGUCCUAGAAGACGUAAAGAGAAUAAAAGUGAACAAUAAUAAGGAACCAAACGGGACGGUCACCAGCCAACCGGCCAGCAUAUACCCGCAUCUAUCCGACAUAGAGACAGACAACUCCAAUACCCAGGAUGAAUACUCCGACUGCGGAGGCUCAAGCCAAGAAAACAUAAAUGACAAUUUGAAUAAAUCUGACAACUGGGCAGAUACAUCUUUCGGACGAGAAGUUAUGAAUGUGGUAAAGAAAAACAACUCGAGUUACAAAAAAGCAGUAAAAGAAUCAGACUCAGAGGAUUCCCAGAGCGAGUGCAACAGUGAGCUGGACGACUUGCUGGACGAGGCGCUGGACGAGAGCGAUGGACCCACUCCGCCUAAAAUUAACAAGAACGGCAGCCUGUCCUCAACCAGUUUCGUCUAUCAGGACAAGGAGAAGCAGUUCAAGUCGCCGAUGAAGACGCAGCCGGCCACGCCGCGCGCCGACAGAGGCUCCGAGCUAGUGCACAGCGUCAGCUUCUACAGGAGGAUGCAGAGCGCGUCGUCAACGCCAUCAACGCCAAUGCGCAUCAUCCGGCACACGUCUCCCGAGCGGGAAAUCCCGGCAACACCCGAUGAGCCGGCGGUGAACGUGACGACCGUGCGACAGCGGAUUAAAGAGUUGCAGGCCGAGGUCGCUAAACAGCAAACGGUCAUAUCACAGGCCAGUCAAGCUCUGAACCUGUGCGCAUCUACUAUAGAGUUCAGCGGAUCUACCGAACAAGCGGAAGGCGAACGGUUGCUUCUACUUGCAACCCACCGCCGCCAAGCGUGCCUCCACGAGAUCCAGCGCUUGCAAGUGGAAGGCGCCGGCGCCGGCGCUGUGCCAGGCAUGGCGGCCAUACACAUGGACAGUCUCAGCGUGCCAUUACGGAGGGAAUACGUGCGGCAACUCAACGCGGAUGGUGCGGUUGGGCAUCACGCAGUAUGCCUGCUCAAAUGCCGCGAUCGAGUGCUAGCGACCAGUAUGCAGCUGACACAACCUACCAGCCAUCUGUUACACUUCCCCGAUGAAAUCCGUAUGGAAGGACUCGCCAGCGACUUUAAAAUAACCGUGGAAGUUUACUUACUGCAAGCUUCAAAGGAAAUACUACCACAUAAUGUUAAAUACCAUAUCUCGAAUAAAAAGUGCAACAACAAGCUCCUGACGCCCAAGUCCAAAGUGUCGGAGCUGAAGACCCCGCGCGUGCAGAGUCCGGGCGGGCCGCUGUCUGUCCGCAGUCCGCAGCUGCAGCUGCACGGCUACUGCAUCUUCGCGCUGCAGCAGGCCAGCCGCAAGAGCUUCACGCUCAACAAGGUCCCCGGCGGCAGUCCCCUGGAAGGCUCCAUCAACCUCGGCAUCAAGGCGCGCCUGCGGGUCCCCGCGCCCGCCCCGCACGCCGCCUUCCUCACCGCCUUCGACGACGUCUCCGGCCUCGGCGCCUGGCACCGUCGCUGGUUCAGGCUGCAGCCACCCAGGCUCGCCUACUGGAAGUACCCUGAUGAUGUCCAGAAGAAGAUGCCGAUCGGCGACAUCGACCUAACAACCGUGAUCUCGGCCGCGGUCGUGCGCGCCCCGCGCGACCUGUGCGCGCGCCCCAACACCCUCCUGCUCGAGACCGCCGUGCCCGCCGGCCUCCUCGUGCCCGACUCCGGCUCGCUGGUCUACUGCAAGCGGCCCGACGGGGCCGUCGUCAGGAGGCAUCUGCUGGCGGCCGAUACGGCGAAGGAUAGGGAUGAGUGGUUGGAGUGUCUUAAUAAGGCGCUCGAGUAUGUUAGAUGCUGUCCUGACGAAUAAAAUAUAUAAUCUCUAGGUUAAGCUCUGUACACUUAUGGUCCCAGAUUAUGAAUAGAAUGUACUUUAACGGUCCCGUGGUCGGGAGGCACCUGUUGGCCGCUGAUACGACGACGGAUGGGAAUGAGGGGCUCGAAUUUCUUAAUAAGGCCCUCGAGUACGUUAGGUGCUGUCCUAACGAUGAGAGUUCAUACAGUUGUUAUAUCAGUCUAAGGUUUGUAUGCUCAUAGUACCGGAUUAAAGCUCUCUAUUUUUCAAACGGUCCGAAAUACCAUAGUCAGGAGAAAUCGACUAGCUUUUGUAACAAGGUAAUGAAAUGAAAACAUAAACAUUAAUCAAACAUUAAGAAACAUUGAAAUUAAACUCUCUUAUUGCUAGUACAAAAUAUUUAACACAUUCGUCUCCCUAACCCGUCCGUCCCGUCCGGUAUCCGUCGUAUUAUUCUUAGUUUUAGUAUUUUUCUGAAGUAUACUUGAUAGCUAAAGUUAGCUAUAGUGAUUUUGUAUCCAUUUCGUUCCCCGCCGACUGUAUCAAUAUACAGUAAAAUACAAU